UCCAAAUUGAAUGCCGACGCCGUCUUGCCAUUUGGACCUUGCAAGUUGCAGACGUGGUGGCGGCCAAGAAUUUUAGUAGCAACUCCAGAAGGCCACUGAGACAGGAAGGCCGUUGCCAAGCGGGCUGUUGUGAAAGUAUCAGAGUAGGAAGCCUUGCAUUUGUGGUAACUGGACAAAGUAGAUAUAACACCACCAUUGUGGGCAAAGGCAAUGGAGGAAGACAGUGGCCUAGAGCCUAGAAGGGGGGAGCACGAACACUUUCCAGUAGAUUCCGGUGCUUCUGCAAUGGCCGAUGGCAGCCCACCGUCAGGGUCGAGUCCGAUGGAAGACGAAGACCACGAAGAGGGAGUGCCCUUGCACGACGAUGAGGACCGAGAUGAAGCGAUCAUGGACCUCAACUUAGAAGAAGGGGAGCCAGAAGAGGAGGAAGAGGAGGGCGCGGACGAUGCAGUGCACGUCUUCUCAGGACACCACGAAUCGGUAUACGCUGUGGCGGCAAGCGGCCAAUCGAUGGGUCUGGUGGCGACUGGAGGUGGGGACGACAGCGCAUUCCUGUGGCGGAUAGGGCAAGUAGAGGAGGAGCCGAUCCAACUGAAAGGACACACCGACUCGGUGGCAAGUCUAGCUUUCAGCAACGACGGCGCCCUUCUUGCGACCGGGGGCCUGGACGGGCUCGUCUUUGUGUGGGACGCCAACACAGGAGAAGAGAAGCAUAAGCUGGAGGGGCCGGGGGAUGCGAUCGAGUGGGUGAGCUGGCACCCACGAGGCCACGUGGUCCUGGCCGGGUCGGAGGAUUUCACCACGUGGAUGUGGAACGCGGACACGGGCGCCAACAUGCAAGUGCUGGCGGGGCACAACGGGGCCGUCACCUGCGGCCAAUUCACACCUGACGGCAAGUCAAUAGUGACGGGUUCCGCGGACGGCAGCCUGCGCGUGUGGUCGCCCAAGAGCGGAAAGUGCGUGGCGGCUUUCCAGGGCCACCCGUUCCACGAGGAAGGCCUGACAAGCCUCCACGUGUCAGCGGAUUCCGCCAUCGCGAUCACGGGAUCGACGGACAAGACUGCGCGGCUGGUACACUUGCAAAACGGAAAGGUUCUAGGGACUUUGGAGGGGCAUGGAAACUCCGUGGAGACGGUCGGUUUGUGCCCCGGGCUACCGCUUGCCGCAACGGGGAGCCUCGACGGCAAGCUGAUGGUCUGGGAUUUGCAAAGUCUGGCCGUUCGAAUUGUAGGGGAACACGGCGAUGGAGUCGUACGGCUCAUUUGGCAUCCGUCGGCGCCCCUUAUUUACACUGCCAGUUUGGACAGGGCGAUCCGCGUGUGGGACGCACGGAGGGGCAACUGCGAACGCAAGUUCGAGGGCCAUAAAGACAACAUUCUCGACAUGGCGAUCACGGCGGAUGGAAGCUUCAUCUUAUCUGGCUCAGACGAUGGAACAGCCAGGGUCUUCGGACUAUGAUCUUGAUACUUUUUUCACCUGCUUAAACCAUGUCAAAGCGGCACCAAUAGUGCGCGCGUGUCAAUGAUUGAACCUGUUAGCUAGCAGACGUCCACCUCUAAACGGGCAUUCUCUUGCGGGGUUGCAUGGUACCUACCAAUGUGCUAGUCAUAUGGCCCAUACAGGUUUACUUGGGCGGUAGGCAGGGUCAGGUCUGGUAUCAUUGUUAUCCGCUCGAUCGCGACUAAUGAAUGCAUUGUGGCGCAUAGUUUGACAAUAUUCAUGCACGGUGAUAAA